GAGAAAAAAGAAAAAUUUGAUAUGUUAUUGUUCUAAAAUCAAAGCGUUACUGAAACUUUUCAAUUGCAUGGUAUCUGAAAUAAAUACAAUGUAUAACGCACUGUAUUCUGCUUUGGUGAUUUUAUUUGAAUCCGGUGUUAAUUCAGCCCCAAUUACGAAAAAGCACAAAUACUUCCUUGUGUUGAUCUCGAAAUAAGAAAAUUAUCAAUCGUAUGUCGCUAUAAAAACCUCGAAUUUGACACGGCAGUUAUAUAUACUUCCGAGAAUGGCACACUCCAACGUUCUCUUAGAAAUAGAGAAAUCAUCGGAUAAAACAAUUUCGAGAGAGAAAUUCUUCCACGAAGUAUGGUCGAAUGAAAAAACCACGGAACAGUGUACUUUAAAGGAAUUUAACAAUGGGUUCCCCAGUUACAGUGAUCUCCAUAGCUCGGCAGCGAACGAUUUGACGUUUCACAAUGAGACUGAAAACGCACCCACCAUUGAAACUCUUCCCGAAAAUCCAAAACAUGAACUUAAUAUAGAGGAGCCACAACCUGUCAACGUAGAGGUGCCACAACCUGUCGACGAAAGUUCUGGUUCCAAUAAGAUAAAUGAAGAUUCCGAGUCGAAUUUUGAUUUUGACAGUGUCGACUAUUUUGAUAGCGAAGACGAGUUUUUUGAAACUUACAGAAACGAAGUUGAAGAGUACCUGUCAAAGACCGAUUUUGGAAUGGAUUUUCGUAACACAGAUGAGAAAGAUAGAUAUUGUCAAGGGGUAUCCCAGUACUAUAACAUGCCCGUGUUUAUGAAAUCUCUUCAGAAGUUUGCAGACGACAACAAUUUCGAGAUCCAUGACGUCAUGGCAGACGGAAACUGUCUUUUUAGAGCCAUUGCCGACCAACUCGUCAUUAAUGGUAUUUUUGGCAAUUCCCCCACUUCGCUACGGGAAAAUACUAUAAAAUAUCUUCGCCAAAACCCAAACCAGGAAGACGGAUCACACAUCGAUUCCUUCCUGCUCAACGAGAACUGGGAACAGUAUUUGACGAGAAUGGAGAGCCCAAGUGAAUGGUGCGAUCACAUCGUUCUGAAGGCCGCAGUGGACGUUCUCGCUCUCAGAACUAUCGUCUUUAAUGUGUAUGGAAAUGACGUACGGCGAACCGAAAUCUUACCUGCCAAUUGUCGGAACUCCAGUGAUAUGAUGACAAUAUACAUGGGACACCUGGGCGAAUUCCAUUACCUAAGUCUGAGACCAAAAACCUGGGGAAGAGAGUGGCAAAAGAAGGCCUUGCUCCUGCGAUACAUAGUCUGCACUAACGAGAUGGAUUCUGAUUCAAGAGAGGAUUUUGUAAGAAGCAAAGCUAAUAGUUUAGGGUUAGAAGAAUUUGUUGAGCAUAACACCAGUUUCCUUGGAAUCAGAUCAAAGUAUAAAUCACAACUGAAAGACAAAGAAAAUUCCAAUACUACUUUAGAGGAUGGAUGUUCAAAAUGUCCAACAUACGCUUUACCAUUUCUUCAACCAGAAGAAUGUGAAGAUUCACAGCAACGUUUGGUAGAUGAUCCCUUUUAUGUAGACAAGAGAACUGGUAUACCACUACAAUGCCUGUCUUUCCUCGUCACGCAUUUGUUUCCUAAAUUUUCAAUCCUAACCUACACAGUGGCUAUGGCAGAUACAGAGGUAAACGGGACGCUGUUCCGAUAUCUGGGAUCCAGCUCAUCAGGAACAAAUGUGCAUUUAAGAGACAUUAUGCCAACGGUUUUUGCACGAACGAAAAAUAAAAAUUCUAGGGAAUAUGGUGCGACAGUUGUAGCACUGACUUCCGAUGUUUCUCAGUCCUCUUUAGUUCAAGACGUAGAAACAACUUAUCCCGGAUAUCUCCGCUUGAAAGUUCCCCCGUCCAGUACUUGUUUUUCCCCAAAAAAUCUUCACCGUAGUGAGGGCUAUACUUAUCUAAAGAAGCUUAUUGUGCCCGGAGAAUUGACAAGGCCUAGAUAUGCAAAUAAAUGUUUCAUGGGUUUUGAUUGCAAGGAAUUUCCAUCUGUUGCCGUGGAGUGGAUAUAUCGACAACGGCAAUUUCAAUGGCCAUCAAACGAAGUUAUAAAAAUGAUUCAAACUUCUGGAUGUACCAUUAUUCCCAAACAUCACCCAUCCAGCUCCCAGCCUGGUAUUGAAUGGAAAUAUGACUUUUCAUUAUCAGAGGCAAUUCUAUUCCAAAGAGGUCUUUCGUUCUAUCAGUUGUAUGGAUUCUAUGUAGUCAAGAUUUUGUUAGACCGUUGCACCUCACACCUAAAUUGCAGACUAAAAAACAAACAUAUAAGGUCUGUCUUUUUCAAUUCCUGCGAGCAUAUCCCUAGUAAGAUGUGGAUUACAAACCUAGGUGGAUGUAUAUUGUAUAUAGUUUCUUACCUGACGAAGUGUCUUCAAACAAAGAACCUACCUAAUCAUUUCAUUUCAAAGAGGAACAUGCUGUUAAGUUUUAAUGAUGAAGACGUCAAAGACAUUUAUAUUCAAAUGGAAGCUCUGAGGUUGUUUCCUCACCAGACAAUGGUGCACAUAUCAGAGUUCCAUGGUUUCAGGUACGCAACAAACCUGGCAACAUUGAUAUUAAAAAACUGUAAACGUUUUGCUCCAUCUUCAGAAUUGUGGUCAGCUUACCGAGAUAUUUUGAUGCCAGGAACCAUUAAGACUGUAAAGUUUUUGUCAAGACGGGGUUUAUACGAAAUGGCCUCGACAAUUCUCGCUAGAAUGUUUGACGAUCAAUUUUUAUUCCAAAACGCUCUGUCAAGGUCAAGUGGCAUAUACUACACAACAGCCGAGUUCUUCUGCAAUGCCCUAGGCAACCUUAAUCAGGAAAUAUCUAAAGCCAUAUUAGCAAUGCGUUACGAAAUAAUCUUUGAAAAACGAAUUUUGGAUAUGUUGCUAAAAACAGAUGGCAUUUAUCUUAAAGAUAUUUUACCACUGGAAACCGACCCAAACAUUGCUUGGCUUCGAGUGCCAGAGGACAAAAUCGGAAGCUAUGAGGUACUUGCUGAUUUCUUGUAUGCAUUUGGUGAAAAAGAACUGAAAAGGUUAAACUCAAAAUUGGCUGAAUCGGCAAUUUUAGAGGCAAUUCAUUGUUUAGAAAAAGCUAUUAAAAGCAAACCGGUCCUAGAUGUUUCUCAAAUAGAAGAUGAGAUGUUGAAAAUGGAUAUUCGAUCUCAGAGAGCAGACGUCUUGAGAAAACUGAGAGAAAAAUUAAAGGAUUGCUACGUACAAAUCUUCCUUAUUUCAGAUAUCAAUCGUCUCUAUGACCCUCUCCAGAACUACAUGCUUGGGGUAGAAGAGCUAUGUAAAGAUUUGCCUGAAAUGAGUGGUAUUGUCAGCGAGAUGUAUGCCUUCCUGAGAAUUCCAAACAAACAGAGGGAGUAUGCAGAUCUUUACGAAAUAUUUCUUGGCACAGGUGCAAGGCAUUACGAAUAGGCAAGCAUUUCAAAGAUAAUGAUGCUCGUAAUGUACAUUUCUUUCUGAAAUCUCGAUUUCUACAUGCGCAUAAAGAUUCUUAAGGAUUCCUUUUGCUAUUACUACACUUCCACUUUCUCGUUUGUCGUAUUUCGAAUUUCAAAACACUUGUGUGAAAUCGUAUAACCAUCGCCACGGUUUAGUCGAUUGUGGUAUCAUAACUUUAUGAUUUUACCUUUCUUGAGUAAAUUAUCAAUGGAAUAAAAUUUUGUGGAGACGUUAAUUUGUUGUUAUGUGGCACUAACGGUACAGUUGCAGAGAUAAAAGAAUUGAAAGAAAUAAUUCAUAAGCAAAAAUAUGUUA